ACAUGGAAAAUAAUACACCAGUUACUGAAACUAGCGAGCUUGAAUUUUUGAAGGAAGGAUCACAAAUUCUCCUUCUCAGGCAUGCUAACUCUAAGUACAACUUCGCCUAUGAAACAAUGACUUCUAAAGGUUAUACUGAGGAAGAUGAGAAGAAACUCAGAGUUAAAAAGGAUCUUCGAGAUUCACCUCUUUCUGACCUUGGCAUCCAACAGUGCAUUAAAGCACAACCUUUGGCGAACAAGUUGAAGGUGGAUCAUGUCUUUGUCUCUCCACUUAAGAGAGCUCUUGAGACUGCGUACUAUGUCUUCAUGAAUCAUCCAAAUUUCGACAACAUUCAGUUCAUCCUAAUGCCGAUUCUAAAGGAAGCGAUUGACACCACUUGUGAUAUCCCGGUGAACGUCCAGGAGACUGUUGAAGAGUUCAAGGGUAAAUUCCCGAAAUUCGACACAUCUGAGCUUGAAAAGUAUUCAGAUCCUUUGCACUUUUUCUUGGAAGACAUCAAUCUAGAUUUUUCUAAGAAGAUCCUUUCUUCAAAAGUCUUGGAUUCGAAUGACCCACUCUGUUCAAAUGCAUAUGACCUGCUUUUGGAUGAGAUCAAUGAGAAUUACCCAGCUCAGAUCGAGACAAGGAAGAGCGCCAUUACCCGUGUCAAUAAGGCCAAGAAAGUUGUCAAAAACUUCCUGGAAAGUACCGAACUAGACUCUGAUUCAAAGGUCGUCCUCGUUGGCCAUAGUAACUACUUCAAGAUGUGGACAGGCAAGUGGGACAGAGAUAUCUCUUCAUACGGGGAUCAGCUCCCUGAGCCCUCAGACUUUGUUUUCCUCAGGAACUGACAAUUUUUACCUGAUAACUCUGGUUUUCCGAUGAGCACAACCACUUGAAUUUAGUGUCUAAAUUUUCCUCGGUGAAAAUUUGGUAAUUUCAUAUACAUAUUAAAAAGUUCAAC